CUGAGCAGAACCCAAGCCAAGAGACUCCUGCAAAGCUGCAGGCAGCGGCAGCGGCGGCUUCAGCUAAAGCGCAGAAGAAGAAAAAAAAAAUUCUUCAGCUGGACACGAGGACCCAGAAUUCUGGCCAUAGAAUCAGAACUUUUACAGACAGCGCUGUGACAGGCCCUCUUUCCCUCCCCACAAGUCCUCACGCAACGUAGGGCUUUGCCUUUCCCGGUGCAGAAAGGGGAGAUAGGAGUUGCAAAUAGCAGCAGGUGCAAAAAAGGCGGGGUUCUCUUCUUUCCUAGAACGGUAACCGGUGGAAUUGCUUUUCCCCUUUCAGUUUGACGCAGAAGAGACGCUGACUUCAGAUUCGGAACUCAAAUGCUUCCUGAAGCUUGAAAGUGGAGAAAUUCAGAGCCACAAGGGGCAGGCAGAAGGUAAAGCUAGCAUUUAUUCUCUGAGCGCCAAGUCUCCUGCUUAUAAGGAGAGUUCUGCCCAGAAAGAGACUUCCUCCCUCCUGCCUGACUUAAGCAGGGCCCUGAGCCUCAGGAGCCUGCCACAGGACCCCGCUGCAAAGAGAGCCCCGGUGUACAGAAGGGAGGUCUUUGCUGCCUAGCUGCACAAUGGAUAAUGUCCUCCCUGUGGACUCAGACCUCUUCCCAAACAUCUCCACCAACACCUCGGAACCCAACCAGUUUGUGCAGCCGGCAUGGCAGAUUGUCCUUUGGGCAGCUGCCUACACGGUCAUCGUGGUGACCUCCGUGGUGGGCAAUGUGGUAGUGAUGUGGAUCAUCUUGGCCCACAAGAGAAUGAGGACAGUUACUAACUAUUUCUUGGUGAACCUGGCCUUCGCGGAGGCCUCCAUGGCUGCGUUCAAUACAGUGGUGAAUUUCACCUACGCUGUCCACAACGAGUGGUACUACGGCUUGUUUUACUGCAAGUUCCACAACUUCUUCCCCAUCGCUGCUGUCUUCGCCAGUAUCUAUUCCAUGACGGCUGUGGCUUUUGAUAGAUACAUGGCCAUCAUCCAUCCCCUCCAGCCCCGGCUCUCAGCCACAGCCACCAAAGUGGUCAUCUGCGUCAUCUGGGUCCUGGCUCUCCUGCUGGCCUUCCCCCAGGGCUACUACUCAACCACGGAGACCAUGCCCAGCAGAGUUGUGUGCAUGAUCGAGUGGCCAGAGCACCCUGACAAGAUUUAUGAGAAAGUGUACCACAUCUGCGUGACUGUGCUCAUCUACUUCCUCCCCCUGCUGGUAAUUGGUUAUGCAUACACCGUAGUGGGGAUCACACUGUGGGCCAGUGAGAUCCCUGGGGACUCCUCUGACCGGUACCAUGAGCAAGUCUCUGCCAAGCGCAAGGUGGUCAAAAUGAUGAUCGUGGUGGUGUGUACCUUCGCCAUCUGCUGGCUGCCCUUCCACAUCUUCUUCCUGCUGCCCUACAUCAACCCAGAUCUCUACCUGAAGAAGUUCAUCCAGCAGGUCUACCUGGCCAUCAUGUGGCUGGCCAUGAGCUCCACCAUGUACAACCCCAUUAUCUACUGCUGCCUCAAUGACAGGUUCCGUCUGGGCUUCAAGCACGCCUUCCGGUGCUGCCCCUUCAUCAGGGCUGGCGACUAUGAGGGGCUGGAAAUGAAAUCUACCCGGUACCUCCAGACCCAGGGCAGCGUGUAUAAGGUCAGCCGCUUGGAGACCACUGUCUCCACAGUGGUAGGAGUCCAUGAGGAGGAGCCAGAGGAAGGCCCCAAGGCCACACCUUCAUCCCUGGAUCUGAACUCCAAUGGCUCCUCUCGCAGCAACUCCAAGACCAUGACAGAGAGCUUCAGCUUCUACUCCAAUAUGCUGUCCUAGAGGGCAGGCCCUUAGCAAGGCAGCCACCACCAUCCUUGUUCUGCCUCUCUCAUGCAUGGGUAUUUCCUUGAUCUGGAAACCAUCAGAAACACCUGAACAUCAGAGCUUUGGGGGAAGAAUCAGAUGGUUUAGGGAAGACAUUUCAUCCUAAAGUCAAUCUGGAUUCUUCCAUCUUUGCCAUCCCCCAUCUGUGUGACCCAAAGCAAAUCUGAAUUUCUCUGAGCCUGUAAAAUGAAAAUAUUGCACUAGAUUUUACCUUCCAGUUUAUUCCAUGAUUCUAGAGAUAACUUCAACUGCAUGUGGGUGCUCAUUUCAGGAUGAAUUCUGCAGUGCAAUAACAGAUCCAACAGGACUGUUUGCCUGGCGCCUCUGUCUUGCUCCAGCAAAGUUGUCCUCAGCCAAGCUCUGAUUAGCCUCCCUCAGCUCAUGGCUCACAUCACUCUAGCCUUCACUUCACAGCAUGAGCAAAAGAAGGCGCCACAUAAUGAAAGAUCUAACCUCAUCUUCUCAGCACCCAUGAAAAGAAGACCUAUGCCUGCCCCUAUUGGCAUCUCAAUGUUUAAGUUCAUUUGAACGUCACAGGAUUGAAAGCCUCAGUUUCUUCUGCACUGUGUCCCCGGUGACCAUCCUGAGCUUCCAUGGUGGGCGGAAUAUGUCAGCUGAUGCCAUCUAAGGUCUAUAUCAACCAAGGGUCAAGAGACCCCAGCCAGACUUAAUCUAUCUGAGCCUCUUUCUUUACUGGCAAAGCAAUGGGGCUGAACUAAAUAAUCUAAGUGUCACUUUGAAUCUUAAUGUGCCAUGGUUCAAUGAUUGUAUAAGUGUUUGGUAUAUUUUACCAAAAAAAAAAAAUAGUAAUCUCAAAAAGAGUAGAAGCACUAAUACCCAGCUCCUAGAGAGGCAGCAACUGCUAAAACAUGUAAAUAUCCAUCUCAGACAUUCUCCAGGUAUCCUAAAACCCUGAGUACAUUCAUUCUGGAAGUUUUUGGCCUUUGACAGAGCAAAAGAGUCCAUGCCAAAGCCGGUAUCUUUCCAGCAUGCUUUAGCGGGCUGAAUUCCACAGCUCAGAACAACACAACAAGUGGGCUUUGUGUCUAGCCUUUUGGUAUCUGAGGCAGAGGCACAAACCCAAAUUUGUGACUUUAUGCUAGCAUAAGGUGCAGGCUCAGAUGCCUAUUGAGCAGGGAGGCUGCACCUGCAACUGUGCUUCUGGAAGAGGGCACCUUGCAUUCUCUUCAUUGUCUGAAUGUUCCUUUCUCCCCCAUAGCUUUGCUAGUCUCCUCUCUAUAAGAGAUAGAAUUACCCACCAACCCUAAAGGACAAGAGCCAUGAGCUGAAUGCUUCAUGUUCUAAUGCAGCUUUGGGGUCUCCAGCAGGUGAGCAUUUCUGUAUCCUGCCCAGAUGUGUCUGGAAGCAGAAACUUCAUGUAAUAUUCAUGAAUGCCCUUGUGGUUUGAAUAAUGGAUGUGCAUUGGCUGCAUUCAUGAUGUGAAGAGGAGAAUAAUACCACCCACAGGUUUUACAGCCUCCACCACCCCUGCUGGCUCUAACUCUACAAGGGUAUGGACAUGCCUGGGGAGAAUUAGUUGUAUAUCAGUAGCAGAAGCCAGAAACCUGAGAACAUAUUCUGCAAAGCAGCAUGGGAAGAUUUAAAUAAACUAAGUAAAGCCAACUCAAUGCAGAUCCAUGAACGGAAAGCAAGAUUUAGGAGCAACAAAAGGCAGCUAGUCAUGCUUCCAAUGGAAAAUCAUGCCCUGUGUGGAUGAAAAGGAUGAACAUGAUUAUGAGAAGUACCUAAGAAAAAAGUAUCAAGGAGUUGGGGUCAUCCCAUCUACAGGAGAGAAGGUUGGAGUUGAAUUCAACAAUGAUUUGUUGAGCACUUGCUCUGGAUUUUGCCUUGAGCUGGGGACAUGCAGCUCCUUCCACACUUAAGGGGACUUAUCCCAGACUUGCCAUUCCUGGCUCAGCUGUCCUAGUGAGUCCAGGCUGCUUAUGGAGGUAUCUGGGAAGCAGACUCUUCACAGGAUUUUUAAAAACCAUUCUUACCAUGGGUAACUGAGCCAAAGGCUGUGGCCUUCAGAGAGCCUUUGCAAUGAGAGUUCCCUGAGAUCACUGCAAAGAGAACCACUAGUCCAUCCAGGGGAUCUAAAGGGAUGUGAUUGAAUGGAGUUAUCACUGUGCAUAAAAGGAAGUGUGAGACAGACUUGGGCAGCUUUCAGUAAGGUUAAACAUUCCCUCAAAGUGCCAGCAAGCCUUCCAUCAACUCAUUCUUCAACAUCCAUUUAGCUUAUAAAAAUGUUGUCAGUUCCCAUGUGUGAGGAACAUCAUGAUUUGCACUGUGCAUGGGUCUCGUUCUUAUUAUAGACACAUGUCACCCUGUGUUUAUCUCCAAAUGUUUACCUCCUAAGUAUGUUUGCUUGAUGUAUCUGUCCAGUAGUAAUAGAAUAGGAGACAUCACAGGUCCGUCUUUGUGACUUCCAAAAUGUGGAAACCAGUUGCUGUGGAUGUGUUAUCUGUAUUGUGCCAAUCUCCUCCCUGUCAUCAUUCUUUCUCAGGGAGGAGCUCUGAUGUAUAUUAUAUACUCACAGUAAUUGGUGGUGGGGAGGGGGACCUUUUGGGGAGGAACUAGAUAACAAGAAUCUUUAUGCUCCUGAACCCUCGCCAGAAUGCUAAGAGAUAGGACUGAGUGGGAUCCCAGGAAAAGGGAUUCAGGAGCUGACCUCAUUGGCCUGAUUUUAGGGAAGAAGUGUAUAA